UUUCUAUAGAGACACUUCCUGUGGCAGAGAAAAGAGGUAGUGAGCGGUGUUUCAGGAUGUGAGGGCCCGCAGGAGCCGAGUCGGGCUCUCUCUGCCGCCUGCCUGCCACCGUGCAAGCUCUGGCUGGCGCUGCCCACAGUCCCCAUGGUGGGCAGCCCCCGCGGCAGGGACCCGUGAUCUGCAGCGGCAUGCCAGGGAAGCCCAAGCACCUGGGCGUCCCCAACGGGCGCAUGGUUCUGGCUGUGUCAGAUGGAGAGCUGAGCAGCACGACGGGGCCCCAGGGCCAGGGCGAGGGCCGCGGCAGCUCCCUCAGCAUCCACAGCCUCCCCAGUGGUCCUAGCAGCCCCUUCCCAACCGAGGAGCAGCCUGUGGCCAGCUGGGCCCUGUCCUUCGAGCGGCUGCUGCAGGACCCGCUGGGCCUGGCUUACUUCACUGAGUUCCUGAAGAAGGAGUUCAGCGCGGAAAACGUGACUUUCUGGAAGGCCUGCGAGCGCUUCCAACAGAUCCCGGCCAGCGAUACCCAGCAGCUAGCUCAGGAGGCCCGCAACAUCUACCAGGAGUUCCUGUCCAGCCAGGCGCUGAGCCCAGUGAACAUCGACCGUCAGGCCUGGCUUGGCGAGGAGGUGCUGGCCGAGCCCCGGCCGGACAUGUUUCGGGCACAGCAGCUUCAGAUCUUCAACUUGAUGAAGUUCGACAGCUAUGCGCGCUUCGUCAAGUCCCCGCUGUACCGCGAGUGCCUGCUAGCUGAGGCCGAGGGGCGCCCUCUGCGGGAACCUGGCUCCUCGCGCCUCGGCAGCCCUGACGCCACUAGGAAGAAGCCGAAGCUGAAGCCCGGGAAGUCGCUGCCGCUGGGUGUGGAGGAGUUGGGGCAGCCACCCGUUGAGGGUCCUGGGGGCCGCCCUCUCCGCAAGUCCUUCCGCAGGGAGCUGGGCGGGACUGCAAACGCCGCCUUGCGCCGAGAGUCUCAAGGCUCCCUCAACUCCUCCGCUAGCCUGGACCUUGGCUUCCUAGCGUUCGUCAGCAGCAAAUCUGAGAGCCACCGGAAGAGCCUUGGGAGCACCGAGGGUGAAAGUGAAAGCCGGCCAGGGAAGUACUGCUGUGUGUACCUGCCUGAUGGCACAGCCUCCUUGGCCCUGGCCAGACCUGGCCUCACCAUCCGAGAUAUGCUGGCAGGGAUCUGUGAGAAACGAGGCCUCUCUCUACCUGACAUCAAGGUCUACCUGGUGGGCAAUGAACAGAAGGCCCUGGUCCUGGAUCAGGACUGCACCGUGCUGGCAGAUCAGGAAGUGCGGCUGGAAAACAGGAUCACCUUCGAGCUGGAGCUGACGGCACUGGAUCGCGUGGUACGAAUCUCAGCCAAGCCCACCAAGCGGCUGCAGGAGGCGCUGCAACCUAUUCUGGAGAAGCACGGCUUGAGCCCGCUACAGGUGGUGCUGCACCGGCCAGGCGAGAAGGAGCCUCUGGAUCUGGGAAAGCUAGUGAGCUCAGUGGCGGCCCAGAGACUGGUUUUGGACACUCUUCCAGGUGUGAAGAUCUCCAAAGCCCGUGACAAAUCUCCCUGCCGCAGCCAGGGCUGUCCACCUAGAACCCAGGACAAGGCCACCCAUCCCCCUCCAGCGUCUCCCAGUUCUCUGGUGAAGGCGCCCAGUAGUGCCAGUGGAAAGCGGCAGACCUGUGACAUCGAAGGCCUGGUGGAGCUGCUGAACCGGGUGCAGAGCAGCGGGGCCCACGACCAGAGGGGUCUUCUGAGGAAAGAGGACCUGAUACUUCCAGAAUUUCUGCAGCUGCCUACCCAAGGGCCCAGCUCCCGGGAGACCCCACCACAGACUGAAUCAGCAGCCCAGCCCAUCGGGGGAUCCUUGAACUCCACCACCGACUCAGCCCUCUGACAGCUACCCAACAGUCCAGGACAGCUGCAUGGCACCCGGCGGGCCGAGCAUGCCACGGGUCCGCUCUGCAUGCCCUGUCUGUGCCAUGAGUGUCCCUGGCCCCUUCCUGCCAUGGGCAGGCCCGCAGGAAGAGCCGGUAGGGGUGGAAAGGGGACUCAGAUGAGACACACCCCACAGCCACCACCGCCUUGUCCCACAACAAGCUCACCCCCAGCCCCUUGCAGCCAGGCCACAGUGGGGGAGGUGAGUCUAGCCCCUUGGAACAGGCUUGCCCAACACGGAGGGAUGGCGUUGGCAGUGCCAGCCUCCCCAGCCUGUGCCAAGUUUCAACAGGGGCAGGAGGAGGGGCCGGCCCCUCCUCAGGGAGCUGGUAUGAGUAAGGCCUGAGGGUGCAGGCAGGCAGCCCUGUACCCCACCCACAUAGACUAUACUGUACAUACAGAUUUUGCAGUAGGCUUGGGGCAGCUGGGUUUGUCCUUGAUGUAUGAUACUGUUAUUAUAAUAAUUAUUAUUAUUCUGCCA